AUGUACCACCUGACACUGACAGAAGAGCGCGGCGCGCCGGGUGGGGAGGGGCGGGGCCUGUGCGUUCCCCACGCAACGAACUCCGCCUCGCGGCCGCUCCCGGAAGUGUACCCCCAGGGCCACGCGCCGGGCGCGAGUCGCGGGCGUCGCUCGGCGACGCACGUGCCUCCGCACGGUGCCCCGGGCUGGCCCGCGGGCGCCCUGGAGCCGCCGGCCUGUGUCGCCGAGCAGGUAUCUUCGCUGACCAUCGCCGACGCGUUCAUCGCGGCCGGCGAGAGCCCCAGCCCGCCCCCGCCGCCCCCCGCCGCCCCCCGGAGGUUCAUCUGCUCCUUCCCGGGCUGCAGCGCGAAUUACAACAAGGCCUGGAAGCUCGAUGCGCACCUGUGCAAACACACGGGGGAGAGACCAUUUGUUUGUGACCAUGAAGGGUGUGGCAAGGCAUUUGUCAGAGACUACCACCUGAGCCGACACAGCCUGACUCACACCGGAGAAAAGCCCUUUGCGUGUGUAGCUAGUGGUUGUGAUCAAAAGUUCAACACAAAAUCAAACUUGAAGAAACAUAUUGAACGCAAACAUGAAAAUCAGCAAAAACAAUAUGUAUGCAGUUUUGAAACUUGUAAGAAGUCCUUUAAGAAACAUCAGCAGCUGAAAACGCACCAGUGCCAGCAUACCAAUGAACCACUGUUCAGGUGUGCUCAGGAAGGAUGUGGGAAACACUUCUCCUCCCCUGGCAGUUUGAAACGCCACGCGAAGGUGCACAAAGGCUAUUUAUGUCGAAAAGGAUGUUCCUUUGUAGCAAAAACAUGGACUGAGCAUUUGAAACAUGUGAGAGAAGCUCAUAAAGAGAAUAUCAUCUGCGAAGUGUGCCAGAAAACAUUUAAACGCAAAGACUAUCUUAAGCAGCAUAUGAAAACUCAUGCCCCAGAAAGAGUCACCUAUCGAUGUCCAAGAGAAGGCUGUGGGCGCACCUACACCACUGUGUUCAACCUCCAGAGCCACAUUCUCUCCUUCCAUGAGGAAAGCCACCCAUUUGUGUGUGAGCACGCUGGCUGUGGCAAGACUUUUGCCAUGAAGCAAAGUCUCACCAGACACGCAGUUGUACAUGACCCUGACAAGAAGAAAAUGAAGCUCCAAGUUAAAAAACCAUCUCGUGAGAAACGGAGUUUGGCCUCUCACCUCAGUGGCUAUAUCCCUCCUAGAAAGAAACAGGAACAAGGCUUAUCUUCGCCUACAGCCAGCAAGUCUCUGAACUGUCCUGAAGACAAGGUGCUCUCCACAGUUACAGUACUCGCCCUCAGCUAACCAUCAGGUGGCUUUGUUUAAAGAAUGAUACACCAGCCAGCUUGGUCAUAUUUUCUUCUCAGAACACAUUUGUCUUUAUUAAAAUCACUGAUGUAAAACGUCU